AUGGACGUGGGGCGCGUUCAGGCCGAGGGAGAUGCUCCGGAUGCCAUGGCCUCUGCGCAGCCUCCUCUUCAGCAGCGCGCGCGGCGGCGCACGGGGGCCUGGAGCGCGGUGCUGCAGCUGCCGCUUGUGCCGCGCAUGGCGCUCGUGCCGCUUGUGCCGCUGGUGCCGCUCGUGCCUCUUCAGCGGCUGCCGCGGCUCUGGUCCUCUGAGUCCGCCAUGUUCAGAUGUUCAGACCAUGGUUCAGAGGAGGAGGAUGUGGAGGCUGCAGAGGGCGGGAAGCAGCACAAGUACAUCCGGUCUGUGCUUCACAAUAAAACGCGAGGUUUCUGCAGGUCACAUGAUUAUGUUACGCUCACGUGA